AUGAUUCCUAAUCAAGUUCAGGAUCGUACAAAAGGACUGCCAGAAACCUUCAGAGACUCUGAGUUCAUACAAGCCAGGUUGCACAUGCCUAAUGCUCAGGAGACAUGUCAGAAGACAGUGCCAGACCAAUACCUGCACAGCCCAGGGCACGUGCAACCCACACCUGAGCCACAGGCAGAAAAAGGACCAGGGCAGUACAUGAGGAGUAAAGUACUUUAUAGCUUACAGAAGGCUAUCAGAGUCACAGCAAAGGAUGGAGCCAACUCUGGGUUCAGCAGCCUGGUGGCUCACCAUAUUGAUGCCAGACAGUCUUUGGCUCUGCUGCAGCUCAAAACUCUCAAACUUGUGAACCAUCAGGCCUCAGCCAUCUCAGCCGCAGGGACUACAGGUGUUUGUCAUCACAUAUUUGCUUUCAAGCUAAAAGCAUUGACUCGUUAUGGUUCUGCAGUUGCAUUUUCACUGUUAGCUGGCAGCAAGAAUGAGAAAUGUGUAUUAGAAAUAGUAAAUAGGGGACUCUCAAGAUGGCGGACCAAAACCCCCCCAAAGGAGCUAAAGGAAAAAAAGGUCAAAAAAGAAAAAAAGGAAAAGAAGCCCAAAAAGGAAGAUGCUGCUGAGAAGGUGGUGAAAAAGCCUCGAAAGCAUUGCAGCCGCAACCCGGUCCUGGCCAGAGGGAUCGGCAGAUACUCAAGGUCUGCCAUGUAUUCCAGGCAGGCCAUGUACAAACGCAAGUACACUGCACCCAAAACCCGGAUUGAAAGGAAAAAGAAAGAGAAGGUACCUGCUACCAUCUCAAAGCCAGUUGGUAGGGAUAAGAAUGGAGGAAACCAAGUGGUAAAGAUCCGCAAAAUGCCAAGGUAUUGCCCUACCAAGGAUGUGCCUAGAAAGCUGCUCAGUCAUGGCAAAAAGCCCUUCAGCCAGCACGUGAGGAGACUCCGAUCUAGCAUCACCCCAGGCACAGUUCUGAUCAUGCUCACUGGCUGCCACAGGGGCAAGCGAGUGGUUUUCCUGAAGCAGCUGGCUAGUGGUCUACUACUGGUAACUGGACCUCUGACCAUCAACCGUGUUCCUCUGCAAAGAACCCAUCAGAAAUUUGUCAUUGCCACUUCUACCAAGGUUAGCCUUUCAGGUGUGAAAAUUCCAAAUCAUCUUACUGAUGCUUACUUCAAGAAGAAGAGGCUCCAUAAACCUAGACACCAAGAAGGAGAGAUUUUUGACACAGAAAAAGAGAAAUAUGAGAUUACAGAGCAACGCAAGGCUGACCAGAAAGCAGUGGACUCUCAGAUCCUGCCCCAAAUCAAGAAGAUUCCUCAGCUCCGUGGCUACCUGCGUUCUGUAUUCUCUCUCUCCAGUGGAGUCUAUCCUCACAAACUGGUGUUUUAA